AUGUCAGGUGAGUCUCUGCUUGUAAUAUAGUGCUCGUGCGCCGGCGUCUGCAGCAGUCGAUCGUUCCGCUCGCCUCCACUUGAGUCGAUGCGAUGACGCUGAUACGACCCCUGCUCUCACGGUGUGCCCCCAUCAAUCCUCUGCACAGCCAAGAACAGCUAUGCCGUUCAGGGUCUGGUCACCAAGGUGCGUGACGGGGCAAUGGAUGGCUGCCGAGACGGGCUAAACGGGACGCUGACUGGCGAGUGUGCUCCACCCGAUCUGCCUCCCUAUCUUUGGCUCCACAGAUGCGCAACCCGGAUGCUGAUCUAAGGUCAGUGACGCGUCCAGUGUCUCGUAUUCUCAUCGACGAGCUUGCCAAUGAGUGUUGCUGUCGCUGUCGCAGGUUCAUGGCGCUGAACGAUCUGAUUUCGGAGAUCAACCGGUCGCGUGACACCUUUGGCCUCGACGACCAGACCGAGCAUUCGACCGUGGAACAGAUCCUCACCCUCAUGAACGAUCUCAAUGGAGAAGUCAAGAAUCUUGCCGUCAAGGCGUGAGUCGAGCGCAGCGCUGCGUGUGUGUGCCCUCUCCGCGAAGAGUAGCAGCUCGACUGACAUCUGACAUCGUGCGCACACGCUUCACCCGCUCUGACCAGACUUGCUGCUCUGUGCGGACGAGUAUCCGAUGCGAGGGUGCAGAUCAUCAUCACCCGCUUGACCGACUUUGCCGCCAGCAAGGAUGAGGGCGUGCGUGAUAUCGCCAGCCUGGGUAGGUCGCCUCCUGCAACACGAGGGCGGAGCUGCGGAAUCUCCUCGACUGACCUCGACUUGUAAUAACUUUGACAGGUCUCAAGACGGUCGUUGCAUCCGUCGUACCCGGAACACCGCUUGCGACAACGUGCUGCUCCAAAUUGGCUCCCAAGGUCAUCGCCCAGCUCGAGAACGUGAGUCGAACGCCCCCACGUUUGGAGCCCCACAUAGAGUUGACUGAGCUCGCAUGACAAUCUCGUUUGUCGAAACUUUCAGACGGCUUCCUCGUCCGAGUUGCUCCUUGAUUCUCUUGAACUCUUGUCCGACAUCCUUUCCCGUUUCGAGUCCAGUGUUCGCAACCUGCCCAACAUCCAAAACGCUUCACUCAAGGCGACCGUGCCGCUGCUCAAGCAUUCACGACCCGCGCUGCGAAAGCGAGCCGUUGCGACCCUGUCGACGCUCGUGUCGACGACCACCGAUUCCAUAGUGUUUGAUAGUCUCGUCAAUUCGACCAUCACCAAGGCACUGCACACGUCCGAAACCGAAUCGCUCAAGACCUCGGUCCUACUCGUCGGUUCGCUCGCCCGCGCCGCACCGAGCAAGAUGGGCAAGAAAGCCUCGAACCUCGUUCCCCUCAUCCUGGCUACGCUCGACCACGACGACGACGAUCUGCGCGAAAGCGCUCUGCAAAGUCUCGAGUUGCUUGUGCUCAAGUGCCCCACCGACAUCGCUUCCCAUUUCUCGGCCAUUGUCGAUGCUGGUGCUCGAUGGCUCAAACACGACCCCAACUACUCGGCCGGGGAUGACGAGGAUGACGAUGUCGAGAUGGGCGCUGCCUCAGAUGACGGUGAAGAGGACGAAGACGAUGAGGACUUUGGCGACGAGUAAGUACCGGAGAGUACUCUAGGUAGCUAGCCUGAGAACUGAACUAUAUCCGUCCGCUGUUUGUGCAGAUACUCUGACGACGACGACACCUCGUGGAAGGUUCGCCGAUCAGCGACUAAACUUCUCACGGCUUGCAUCCAGACUCGCGCCGAUCUGCUCUCGUCGUUCUACCACACCAUCUCGCCUGCCCUCAUCGCUCGGUUCAGUGAACGCGAAGAGACCGUCAAGGUCGAGGUGUGGGGGACGUACACGGCUUUGCUGGCUCACACCAAAGUCUGGGGUCGGUCUUCCGGUCCUUCGAGCUUCUCGAGUGGUGCCGUGAGCCCGAUGGGCCGACUGAAGCGCAAGAGGAGCUCGGACCAGAUGGACACCGAAGAAGGCCCGAUUGCCCAGCUGAGUUCCCAGACGCCGAUUAUCGCUAAGUCCAUCAUCAAGCAAUUGAACUCCAAGUCGCUGCCGAUUCGCCAGGCUGGUUUCGCCUUGCUCCACGAGCUCAUCGCCGUUCUCGACGGAGGCGUCGAGUCGCAGAUCACACAGCUCGUGGCACGCGUGGAGGCGGCGCUCAGAACGUCCGACAGUGGAUUGUCGGGCGCGGCGACGCAGCUCAAGAUUGAAGUGCUCUCCUUUCUCGCGCUCUUCUACCGGACACAUCCCGCCAAGUCAUUCAGUGACGAGCUGUCGAAGCUGGUCCCUUUGCACGUCGCGACGAUUCAGGACAAGUUCAACAAGAUCGCUGCCGAGGCUUUCGUUGCGUCGACGGCGCUCGUCAAGGUUCUCCGUCCGAUACCCUCUUCCGCGCCCGUGCCCGCCUCGGUCGCGCCCGAUCUCACUGCCAUCUACGACGCGACCAUGAAGCGACUUGCCAGCCCCGAUGCCGACGAAGAGGUCAAAGCUAAAGGGAUCGUGUGCCUCGGCGCCUUGCUGUACCAUGCUGGUGACCUCCUCUCGAACGACUUUGACACGUCGCUCGAAUUUCUUCGAGCUCGCUUGCAGAAUGAGGUGUCCCGCCUCGUUGCCGUCAAGGUUAUCGGUGAGGUCGCCGAAUCGCCGGUGUGCAAGGGUGACAAGUUUGAUAACUGGAUCAACGAGUGCCUCGUCGACAUCUCGGUGCUUCUGCGCAAGAUUCACCGACCGCUCAAGGUCGCAUCGUUCCAAAGCCUCGUGGUGUUGCUUGGACGAGCGAGUGCUCCGGGCAACCCGCUCCCCAGCGAGACGUCUUCGGCCGUGCUCACCGAGCUGCAGCCGCUCGUCAACGACACCGACAUCAACCUCCUCCCUCUCACCCUUCAAACGCUCGCCGCUCUUUUGGUCACAGAUCCGGUCGCUGUUCUAAAUGAUGUCGAGGCCUCGGUUCUACCUCGCUUGAUUGAGCUCGUGCAAUCACCUCUUCUGCAGCACGGCCCCGCUCUCGACGCAUUGCUUGAGGUAUUCGAAGCGUACGUUCGCGCAGGUGCCGACCCUAUGCCACUGGUGCAGACGAUCAGCAAGGCCGCGAUCGAGGCUCCCACCAAGCCUUCAACAUCCGGCGAGGCGAGUAACAGUGGCUCGACACUCUCCACUGCGAGUCGUAGCAUCGGUAUCGUCGUUCGUGAGGUGCCUUCAAUCGCUUCGGGGCUCAUUGCUCAGUACAGCGACGUCAUCGCUUCGCCCCAAUCGUCGACCCCAGCCCAAGUGCUGGCUUUGCUCUCGCUUGGUGAGAUUGGCCGAUCCGUUGAUCUGGAAGCUAGUAGGGCUGAAGUGUUCCCCAACGUCGUCAAGCACUUUGGGGAUGCUUCGGAGGAAGUUCGUCGCGCAGCUGCUUAUGCGGCCGGAAAUAUCGCUGUUGGCAACACGACCAUUUACCUUCCCGCACUGCUUGAGGCGAUCGAGUCGGGCGACAAGAAGCGGUACCUCGCCUUGCAGUCGUUGAAAGAGGUCAUUGUUCACUCUUCGCCCGAAGCACUGGCUUCGAUCUCAGAUGCGCUGUGGACCCCCUUGUUUGACAACUCGGCCUCGUCCGACGAAGGCGCUCGCAACGUCGGGGCCGACUGCCUCGGCAAGCUCACCGUCAUGAACCCGGCCAAGUGCUUGCCGCAGUUGCAAUCGCGCCUCGACGCCGAGUCCAAGGACACGCGCGCGACCGUCAUUGCUGCAAUUCGCUUCACCUUUACGAACGAGUCGAGCUCGUACGACUUGUUGCUCGCGCCUCUCAUUGUCGACUUCUUCAAGUUGAUCCAUGAUCCCGAUCUCGGUGUUCGACGAUUGGCGCUCUCGUCGCUCUCGUCCGCGGCGCACAACAAGCCUCAUCUCGUUCGUGAACACCUUUCGACCUUGCUGCCGGAAUUGUACCAGCAGACCGUCGUGAACGAGGCUCUGAUCCGUAUUGUCGAAAUGGGCCCGUUCAAGCACAAGGUUGACGACGGCUUGGAUCUCCGCAAGACCGCGUACGAAUGCAUGCACACUUUGCUCGACGAGUGCAUCAAGGACGCCGAUCUGCACGAGUACCUCGGUCAUGUCGUACGGGGGUUGACCGACGAGGAAGACAUUAAAAAGUUGUGCUACCUCAUGUUGGUCAAGUUGGCGAUGGUCGCGCAGACUGCGGUGGCUCAGCGUAAGUUGCAUGUGCCAAAUACCAAAUCUCGUUUCCGGGCGUUACAUUCAAACUAACGGAAAUCUUUUGUGUGCUGGAUCAGGCCUCGACGAAUGCGUGCCCGCGUUCAAGGCGACGCUCGACAUGGUCCUCAAGGACUCGGCCGUCAAGCAAGAGACUGAACGUCUGGCCGAACUGCAAAAAUCAACCUUGCGCUGCAUUGCUGCAUUGCACCGAAGGAUCAACCUCGGCACUACGUCGAACGCCAGUGGUGGCGCCAAUGGGAGUAGUGCGGGUGCUACGGGCGCGGCACCCAAGUUUGCGCAGUUCGUGGAGGGCGAGGUUUUGGCGGGCAAGCAUGCGAGCGAGUUCAAGCAGUUGUUGUCUGGGGCUGAAUGA